UGAAAGCAAAGAUGGCGAACGAACUCGACAGAGUGCGAAUCUCAGCUGCGGAACUCCGAGCUGAGGCGUCGAACGCAGUCGUUGUUUCGGACUGUCAGAGAGAGGAGCAGCACCACGUACAAAAGCAACAAGGGAGACGUGAAGGAAAGCGCCCUGAACUCCAGCGCUACCAGCGGCGUCACCUGGACAGCGAGGAGGGAGAAACUGGGCAAAGUGAUUCCCUGGCUACUGAUUCACAUGAGCAUGAUCAACCAUCACAGAGUGAGAAAAAGCGUGUGCCUGAAAAAGUUUUAGAGAGACACGAAUGCACAGACGGUGGGACAGCUACUGAGAUAAGGGAAGAAGACAGGAUGAGAGGCGAUGGUAGUAUCACUCAGAACUGUAGAAAGGGCAACCAGUCACAGGCGAAAACCGAAGCAAAUGAACCAAAAGGCCUUAUCCAAAAUGACAGAGAAAAUCCGGAACCUGCUGGAGCGGCAAAGCCGACAAAGAAAGCCCGCAAACCAGACCGGGAGUUUUAUCAACCUGGGAGUCGGAGGAGUAUUCAGGGGAAGGACUGUGGAGCUGGAAGAGAGGAAGAUAAGCCUUCCCCCAGGAAACAUGACCAGAAAACUGAACCAGAAUCCCAAUUGAGUACAGGGGAAGGGGACGGGAACAAAAAGGCACCUUCACAUAAUCAGGGUGGAAAAGAUAAAGAAGUAAAAUGUAUACAGGAAAAUGUAAAAUUGUCUAAAUCUAGUGAGAGAAACAGAAAGCAAAGAAGCCAAGAUAUGGAAAAACCUCCAUUACCAACUGAUGCUUCAUUGGAGAAAAUUACUCGCAAAGUAGAAAAGCUUUGUGUGAAAGAGAAAGGCAAGGUGGGCCAAGCUGUUGAAGAGCCAAGUUGCAUGAGAGGGGAAUCGACUGAGGAAAGGAAAGGCCAUGGGGGAGGAAAAAAAGAGGAGGGGGAAAAGGUAGAGAAGAAAAGGGAAAGGGGAAACCGCAGGAGAAGAGGAGGGGAGAAAGGAAAAGAGAGGAAUCAGGAUUCCAGAAGAGGAGAAGAUGAAGUAGCUGGUGGGGGAAAGAGUGACUGGGGAAAGGCUGAAAAGGAAAGAGACAAGAGAUCAUCAGAAGCCGAUCGGGAUAACAAACCAGGAAAGACAGGAGAGACACACCAAAGCAAAGGAAGAGAAAAUCGCAGAGAAAGCAGCAGAGGAGACAACAACAACAACCGACCCAGAGAUGCUGAGAAAGAUGUGAAGACACAAAGAAAUGUAGACAGGGCUGUAGAAAGAGAUGAUAGAAAACAAUCAAAUGCAAACAUCCCAACACCAACCUCGAAACGCUAUUCCAAAUCUGAUAUUCGGCGCUCACGGAAUCGAACUUACAGCAGCAGCUCAGCCAGCAGUGUGACAAGUCUGGAUGGUCCUGGACUGGGAAGAGAUAUGGAGGGUACCAAGUGGCCUCGCUUGCAGCCUAAACACAAUAACAAAGAUGGGGUGGCUAAUAGUGGGGAAGGACGAAGAAGUCACUUACAAAGCUGGACAGCCAACGGGGAAUCAUCGACAGAAUCACGUGAAGGGAGUGAGAUGAGUGACAUUGCAGAAGAUAGAAGGAGGAGAAGAAGAGGUGGGGAGGAGGAGCAAAGUGCAGAGAGGCGGAGAGAAGAAAGGAACAGACCAAAGGGAAACAAAGGUGUAGGUAGAGGAAUCCUGAGGGUUUCUCUUGAAAAACAGUUGGAUAACUCGUCCCAUAGUGGGGCUGCACAACAUCGCAAGCCAGGCUUGGUUCCUCGUGGCAGAGGUGGAGGUAUUCUGGUGCUUCCAGCCCGCACAGACAUCUCUAAUUCACCUGAGGUUGGGCAAAGGCUUCUUUUUGGUGGAAUAAGGGGAGGAGCAGCUUCUAGGAGCAGAGGAGGCAGAGGAGGGGGAGUGAGACGACUCUGGGAUCCUAAUAAUCCUGACCAGAAACCAGCUCUUACCAGCACCCAAUCCUCACAGCAUUCAUCUCUCCAACAGCCUGUAUAUCUUCAGACCGGGACUGGGUAUGGGCAACUUCACUUUCUGGACACAGACGAUGAGGUAGCAGGCAGUCCUCCGGUCCCACAUGGUGAGCACUUUCGCUCCAAGCAGGCUGCUGCCAUGUCCUACUACAAAUUCCAAAACUCUGACAACCCAUACUGCUACCCCAUGCCCACCAGCAAUCCACAUAAUCCCGGCACAGCCACCAGCCAGCGCUAUCCUAACUCUUAUCAUAUGGGGCCCUACCAAAUGGCUCCCACUAACGGCAUGUACACAGGCCCUGGUGUGGGUCAGUUCUGUGGGAGUUUCCGGGGGGCAGGUUAUGCUCAGUCAGGUGCAGGAGGUGUUGUGACAUAUGAAGAGGUGGAGCAACAAGCCAGAGGGGAGCUGGGGAGGCUGCUGAGGGCUGCAGAUGCUCAGGAGCUCCAGCUAAGUAACCUGCUUUCCAGAGACAGAGUGAGUGCUGAUGGACUGGAUCGUAUGGCUCAGUUCAGAGCCGAACUUUUGGGGCUGUAUGAGCAGGUCAUCCUGAAUGACAUUGAGUUGUCAGACUCUCAGAACGUGGAUCAAGCUUUGUGGAAGAACGUCUUUUACCAGGUCAUAGAGCGCUUCAGGCAGCUCCUCAAAGAUCCCACUUGUGAUAAUACCCCCCAUAUCAGGAACAUGCUGCUCACGCUGCUUGAUGAGGGAGCACUUUUCUUUGAUGCGCUGCUUCAGAAGCUGCAGACAGUGUACCAGUUUAAAUUAGAGGAGUACAUGGACGGCAUGGCUAUCAGGGCUCGGCCAUUACGCAAAACGGUAAAAUAUGCACUUAUCAGUGCUCAGCGCUGCAUGAUUUGUCUAGGAGAUAUAGCACGUUACCGGGAACAAGCCAGUGACUCUGCCAACUAUGGAAAGGCUCGCAGCUGGUACCUGAAGGCCCAACAGAUUGCUCCCAAAAAUGGACGACCAUAUAACCAGCUGGCCCUGCUGGCAGUUUAUACAAAGCGGAAGUUGGAUGCUGUGUAUUAUUAUAUGCGCAGCUUGGCAGCUUCCAACCCCAUCCUGACCGCAAAGGAAAGCCUAAUGAGUCUGUUUGAAGAAGCAAAGCGUAAGGCUGAGCAGCUUGAGCGAAGGAGGAGGCAGGAGCAUGAAGGAGGCUCCAAGGGUCCAGCAGUAAGAGGAAGAGGAAGAGGGGAAGAUGGAGCACGUGUUGAGAUCUGGAUUCGCCCCAGCGGACAAGCAGCAACCCCGUCCUCACAGAGAGGAGGUAGUGAAUCCAGCAGAGACUCUGAACAGGAUGGAGAGCUGGGCAGUCUCAGCGCUAGUGAUCUAAAUAAAAGAUUCAUUCUGAGUUUCCUGCAUGCACAUGGAAAGCUCUUCACUAAAGUGGGGAUGGAAUCCUUUCCUGGAGUGGCGAGCCGUGUUCUGCAGGAGUUCAAGACACUGCUGCAGCAUGGCCCCUCUCUACUGGGAAGCACGCACAUGCUGCAGAUCAUCACCAUCAACAUGUUCACCAUACACAAUGCCCACGGCAGAGGUGAAGAAGGAGAAGUGAGGUCUGUCUUGCAGGAGCAAAGCACUGCUCUGGGUCUCAGCAUGUUUGCACUACUGGUCCAGCGCUGCACAGAGCUGCUCAAAGAUAUUGCUGCAGAAGCAGUUCCCAUGGCAGAUGGAGAAGAGGAGCUGGAGGGCAUGGUGAGGGUCUCUGCCUUCCCCUCGGACCUGAGAGAACUAUUGCCGAGCAUCAAGGUCUGGUCUGAUUGGAUGCUGGGACAGCCAGACCAGUGGAACCCACCACCGUGCACUAUAGAUUGCUGCCCUGAUGUUUGGCAGUGUCUGGCUGACCUGUGUAACGUGCUGGCUCGAGUGGACCAUGAGGAAGUGCCGCUGUACAAAGUCGAAACUGAUGAAAGUGAGGGAGAUGAGGAGUUGACUGUGCUGCAGCUAAAGGAGGACAGGCUCCUUGCUGGCUUUGUACCUCUGCUGGCUGCACCACAGGAGCCCUGUUACACAGAUAAACACACUGACAUGGCAAUAGCAGCAGAUUGUAAGAGAGUCACAGUGCUGAAGUACUUUUUGGAGGCUUUGUGUGGACAGGAAGAGCCUCUGUUGGCCUUCAAGGGAGGAAAAUACAUCUCUGUGGCAUCUACUCCACCUAACCACUCGAUAGAAACAGGGAGCAGGCAGGACUCUCUCACAGAAAAAGAGGCUGAUGACGUCAUAGUCGAGGCAGAAUCCUCUCUCUCCGCAUCUGACGGAGAGGAUGAUGCAGAGGAGGCAGGAGACAGUGAGAAUGACAUCAGACAGUUGAAGGCACGGCGCCACGCCCUCGCCAACAAACUGGCACAGCAACAGAAGCGCAGGGAUAAAAUACAGGCAGUGCUGCAGACAAGUGGGCAGUUGGAGCUGGAAGUGAGGCCUCUGUUUUUGGUUCCGGACACAAAUGGAUUCAUCGAUCACUUGGGAGGUCUGACGAAACUCCUUCAGUGUGGAACGUACAUCAUAGUUGUGCCACUCAUUGUGAUUACAGAGUUGGACGGCUUGGCUAAAGGCCAGGACAAUUUUGGUGGAGGGUCAGGAGGGCGCAGCACUGGUAGUCGUGGCAACUACAAUGUUAGUGCUACCCAUGUGCGGGCCGUGCAGGAGAAGGCCCGGUUGGCAGUGGCUUUCCUAGAGAGAGGAUUUGAAGCCAGGGAGCCGUGCCUCCGAGCCCUGACGAGCAGAGGAAAUCAGCUUGAGUCGAUUGCCUUCCGCAGUGAAGAUACCUCUGGACAGCAGGGGAACAAUGAUGAUGUGAUUCUGUCCUGCUGUCUCCACUACUGCAAAGACAAGGCUAAAGACUUCAUGCCUGAUCAGAGAAAUGGGACAGUGAGGCUCCAGAGGGAGGUGGUACUCCUUACAGAUGACCGUAACCUCCGCGUCAAAGCUUUGACCCGAAACGUCCCAGUCAGAGACAUCCCUGCUUUCCUGAGCUGGGCCAAAGUGGGCUGAACUAGGCUAAGCUGGAAUCAAAGGAGCCCAACUGCUGAAGCCUGCUUGCCACUCAGCCAAGGAGAGAAGACACACUUAAGCAGAGGAAGAGGAGAUAGCAGGGGAGAGGAAAUGAUAAAGAAAGCAAAGAACCACUUCUUAUGAAAUACAAGCAAAUGUAGUGAGAGCAGGGUGGUCUCAUUAAGCUUUCCCCCCCCUCGUGAUGAAGUGUGUGUGUGUAUGUAUGUGUUAAGAUCAGUGAGCUUCCUCAGAAAAGAGCCACGGGAGACAUGAUAAGUCUCAGGAAAGGCUGGAUUGGAAGGGAGUAGGGAGGUAAAAAUGGAGUGAUUUGAUUUGGAAGUUGAGUGGUCCAGCCUCGAGCCUCUGCUCCUAGUUAGUGAGUGUACUCUGCAAGCAGUGUUAAAAUUUGAGGCUAAUGAUAGAGGAGGCAGAGAGAGGGAGGGAGUUAAUGGUCAUUUAAUUGAUUAAAGACGGCAGUAACGAAGGCCAUGACUGGCACUUCCACAGUUGUGUGUGAGCCCGGUCAUGUUUGACUGCGUUGGCCUGUGUUGCAGAGCUGAGAGAAAGCUAUGCGGAGAGGAGCACAGCUGGAGGGUCUUUGUCAGGACAAUAACAAGUGGCUGAUUGUAGUGAAGGUUGACCAAGACCCAUCAUGCAACCUCAACACCUUCACGCAGGUGUGGUAUUUCCUGCUAAAACCAGGAAGUGCCUCCUGCCUGUUUGGUACCUUGGGUUGUUCCUCCAGCUUGAUGCUAACAUUGAGGUUAUUUUAAGAAAAUGUUUUUAAAACAACAAAAAAACAUUGAUUGUUUAUGUUUUUGUUGUUUUUUUUACUUGUUUUUGAGCUCAUGUGUGUAAAAAGUUUUGUUUCCUUCUCGAUUUUCUUCAUUUUGUUGACGCUGAUAAAAAAAAAAAUGGCAAAGUUUCCAGACAAACAGUGCGAACGCAAAUUAUUAAUGACAACAGUUUGAUACAUUUAAUAUAUCAACACCACUACGUAAUAUACAUUCGCUAAUUACGGGAUUCUGUUAUUUGAAUGAAAUUUCACCUGUCUCAUUUAAAAGAAAAUGGAACAGAGCUUUUCAGACACUCAGAGAUUGUUUGGUCCUCAUCCAUGACUUUACAGAUACUUAAAUAACGAGUAUUGUUGUUGACUGUUUCACUUUACUGUCUGUUCAUCUUUACACACAGCUUUUUGUGCUUUUGAGUGCAUAUGACCACGACAGCAACCUUUUUCAUGAAAUGUUUUUAAUCACAAUACCUGUUCUUCUCUUCAGGGUGACACUUUAUUUCCACGUUUAUUCACCUCCACUAUCCACUCAGUUGAAAAAAUUGCAUUAGGUGCACCACCAUAAAUCACAGCCUGUAAAACUUCCAUUGCGUUACAGCAGCGGCUCUCCGACACAUUCAGCUAACAUUUAACACAAAGGGAGUGUUGGUGCUUUUGUUUUCUAUACAUCGCUUCAUGAGAUUCUGAGUGAUACUUGUGUUUGUUUUUGUGUGCAUUUGAGACUUUGUGUCUGGAUGCUUAAAAUAGAUGUAAUGUACACCUGUGUCCUCUGUUGUGUUGCAUCAUACAUAAUUCAUUAUUUCCUCAUAGCAGCUUGAUCAUAUGGAUUUAGAAUAAUACCGUACAUAGAAGUGGCUACCUUGCUUUCCAUUUGUCCUGUAAUGUUUCAGCCCGGCUUAUACAGCUUCUGUCAGCAGUUGAUGUUUGUGUAUUUGUGUGAACCGUCCGACAGGUUUGAUUAUUCUGUUCUGGUGCUGCUGUAGUGUUCAGUACUAUCUACUGUGUCAAGUGCUGCAGAGUUUUAGUGUUGGAGCAGUUGUAAACCCAUAAUCAGUUCAACCGAGAUUUCCUUUUCAUCUUCCAUUAUUAAAAAUGUUUUAAAGUC